AUUGGGGUGUAGAGAAAAGUAAAUAACAUUUCACCCUGUGUAAUGAAUUUGCUAUAAGGCUCUAGUGCUGUAGUUAACAACACCUUUGUCCCUCUUUGCCAAAAGCUGUGAUCACCAAGGGACAUUGGCCAGGCAGUGGGACUGGAUUAAUAAUUGCAUCACAGAGUUGCUGAGUCUGUUUGGAAAGUCACUGCACAAUGAGAGGCCAACUCAUCCAAAUAACUGGGGAAAGGAGCCUUGCAGCACUCCUGAAAUAGCACCUGUGUGUUCUCUCUUUGGUGCCUCUGCUUUCCAAAGCCACUGUUGGGAACUCUUCCUCCUUCUAGAAAAGUCAAAUCCUGCUUAAUAAAUGCAAAAUGAGUCUCCUGAAAGCUUCAGCUGGGGAUGGACUCUGGAGCUGCUGUGUUCUGCUUGGAGAUCCCAGAGGAGUGUGUGGAUAAUGAGCUCUUUCUUUACAAGAAAAAUGCUGAGUUGGUGCCUGCUGAUAAAGGUCACUUGAGCUGUCUAAAGGAUCUCCUGAUUUUUAAAUGAGUUUCUUAAUAAAAAGGGAAUUUAGCCAGAGGAUCAGUGCAUUCCUGGCUAAUUUAACCCCCAUCUAGACAAGCAGCACAAUAAACACCUUUUCUGUGGGGGAAGAUGUCAAAGGAUGGGGAGCCAUCAGCAUUUUUUUCUUCACUUUAUUCAUAAAUAGCAUAACCAGAGCUAACAUAAAGUUUAGAAAUUACCCAUUUGGUGUCAUUAAUAUAUUUGUAGAAACAGUGUGAUUGCAGUAUCUGGUUUUUGGGGAGGCCUGGCCAGGCUGCUGAUGAAAGCCACUCUGAUUUCAGGUUUCUGAUCCCAGUGUCCCCUCCGAUUCCACCAUGACAGUCGGGUAGCACUGCUGGAACAUCUUUGCCAAGCUCUUCUCUUAGGAAACGCCACCAACUCCUCACAGCACGGAGGCCCAGCAUGAAUGGGAACUGUGCUGGGGGCACAGACUGGGUGAGAAAUCUGGAGUCCAGUUGUCCUGUGGAAAACAGAACUGUAGCAGCCCAUGAGUCAGAAGAAAGUUCUGUGGUGUUAGGAAGUCACAGCCCUGCAGUUCCCAGGACUGAGGGUUUGGAUUCUGAAUGCCGACACAACACUUGCCCAGUAAGUCCCCAGAUCAGUGGCAUGCUGUCUGCUCCUGAAGAACCUCACAACUGCCAUAUCCCAGAUGGAAAUAAAAGACAGCUGGAAUAUUUUAAUACCCAGGAACGCCAUGGAUGUUGUGCAGUGUCUUCAAGCAGCAGUUCCCAGACAGUAGCUCCAGAGAAAGUGACCCUGGUGGUGGAUGGCACCCGCUUUGCAGUGAACCCCCAGAUCUUCACUGCUCACCCUGACACCAUGCUGGGAAGGAUGUUUGGGCCAGGCAGAGAAUACAAUUUCACCCGGCCAAAUGAGAAGGGCGAGUACGAGAUCGCAGAAGGGAUCAGCUCAGCCGUGUUCCGCACCGUGCUGGAUUAUUACAAAACCGGAAUCAUUAACUGCCCUGAUGGGAUUUCCAUCCCAGACCUUCGAGACACAUGUGAUUACCUCUGCAUAAACUUUGAUUUCAACACAAUUAAAUGUCAAGAUUUAAGUGCUCUGUUACACGAGCUGUCCAAUGAUGGGGCUCACAAGCAGUUUGACAGCUACCUGGAGGAGCUCAUCCUGCCCAUCAUGGUGGACAGCGCGAGGAAGGGCGAGCGCGAGUGUCACAUCGUCGUGCUGACUGAUGAGGACACCGUGGACUGGGAUGAGGAUCAUCCACCUCCCAUGGGAGAGGAGUAUUCACAAAUCCUUUACAGUUCCAAGCUGUACAGAUUCUUCAAGUACAUCGAGAACCGGGACGUGGCCAAAGCCGUGUUAAAGGAGCGGGGCCUGAAGAACAUUCGCAUUGGCAUCGAAGGGUACCCCACGUGCAAGGAGAAGGUGAAGAGGAGGCCUGGUGGCCGCUCUGAGGUGAUUUAUAACUACGUGCAGAGGCCAUUCAUCCAGAUGUCCUGGGAGAAGGAGGAGGGCAAGAGCCGCCACGUGGAUUUCCAGUGUGUUCGCAGCAAAUCCCUGACAAACCUGGUCACGGUGGGGGAUGAUGUGUCAGAGGACCACGAGGUUAUCAUGCAUCACCCCCCACAAGUGGAUGAACUGGACAGGCUGAACGCCCCCUUCUCCCAAAUGGUUGUGAACGAUCUGCCAGAUUAGUGGGGCUCAGGGUGGAGAAUCCUGAGAAUGUGGGAACCUCUCACCGUGCUUUCAUCCCACUGAUGGGACACAGACUCCUGCAAGGUGCUUCAUCCUCGUUCGUGCUCUUAUUACCUUGUCAUAUUUCAAGCAUGUUAAUAAAGAGCCACACUCCAUGGUCUUAAUUGUGCAAUCAAAAGCAACAUCUCCUCAGACAAAAAGAAGUGACCUGUUGUUUCUACUACAAAGGCUUCCGGAUUGUGGGUGCUGAAUAUUUUAUCUAAACUUCUGAAAGAAGAGCACAAGUGUGUAGGAACGUCUUGUUUGACAUGAGAGGAAAAUCUGGGCCUGUCAAGACAAAGUUUUCCUUUACAAUUAGGCACAGCUUUGUUUUUGUGAGUUACAGAGGAGUGAACGUCAAAGCAGGACAGAUGAUAUUCUAUAUCAACCAGCAGAAAUGUAGCACAGUGUGACAGCAAAACCCUGAGCGUGGAGGAAUCUGCUUGCACUGCCACCUGGCUUUGGAUCCAGCGUGGUGUACUGCUGCCCUAGGGAAGGAGGAACCAGUUCCAUAGGAAGCACAUGCCUGUUCACAGGAAUUCCCCAUCUGUACUUCUCCAUGAGAUGGAAUCUUUGUUUUUAGGGAUGUGUUCUGUUAAGUUCAGUAAAAUGAGUUGAUUAUGCUGAAGGAAAACCCAAAAGAGACUGUAGCCAAUAUUUUACCAAUAAAAUAAAUCUGUUAAUAGCCAGA